AUGUCGGACAGCAACUCUUCUCCGGUUAGCACAGCGCAUCCUGCCUCCGCACUUGAUUUGUUGAAGACGCGCAUGCAGCAGGGCGAUGGUGCGGUGCACACCCGAAACACGAUCGCACAAACUGCGAAACAGGUCGUCGCGUCGAACGGUGUGUCGGGUCUGUGGCGGGGCACGAAUGCGACACUCCUCAGGAAUGUCCCUGGGGUGGCGCUGUACAUGACCAGCCUCACGCAGCUGCGCGCCCGCAUGGCACGGGUCCCUUACUUCAUCCAGGCGCAGCCCACCCAAAACAACGGCUCCGGCUCCGUCCUCCCGAAACUGACGAGCCAGGGCAACCUCAUCGCGGGCGCGGUCACGCGCGUGUCCGCGGGGUUCGUGCUGAACCCUUCUCUGUGCUCAAGGCCCGGUAUGAGGUUCAGCAACAUGUACGCGUAUACGAGUCUGGGGGCGGCGUUCACGUCGCUCGUGCGUCUGGGGCCCUCGGAGCUGCUCCGCGGCUUCAUCGCCUCGUCCCUGCGCGACGCCCCGUACGCCGGGCUAUUCGUCGUGGUCUACGAAGGCGUCAAGAAACGAUCCAGCCAUCUGCUUGAAUCUUCCUCAUUCGCGCAGUCCUCCGCGCUGCACACGACAUCGGCGGCCUCGGCGGGUGUCAUCGCGACGCUGGCGACGCACCCAUUCGAUGUGAUCAAGACCAAGGUGCAGGUGCGCACGGAGGACCGUUACCGCGGGUUCCUCCAGACUGUGCAGACCGUGUGGCGGCAACGUGGCCCGCUGGGGUUCUUUGACGGCGUGUCGCUGAGGAUGGGCCGCAAAGUUCUGAGUGGGAUGAUCGGCUGGACUGUCUACGAAGGCAUCCUGAUGGUCAUUCAGAGGUAGUGAUGCCUAUACUUAUCGCUCUUGUCGCAUGGCACAAUACACUACCCUGCUGCUCACGAUAUACUCAACGGACUUU